AUGACUUCAAUCAGGUUCCUUCAGCCAAAUCUUGAUGAUUCAAAUUCUAAAAAGACAACAAGUUCCAAUCCCUGUUCUGGUAUUCCUUCUGCUUUUGUUCUCCAUGGAUAUAUGUUUACGGUGUUUGGAGUUGUGGCAAUAAAAUCUAGUUGGGGUGCAGGGACAUCAAGGAGGAACUGGGAAAGGAUCAUUGAGAAGUCAAAGGUUUUGAAUCCACUUGUGAUUACUUCAUAUGAUGCUUAUACCACACGUAACAUCAAAGGCCUGGCUAAGUCUUAUCUUGCAAAGGAGGGUACGACUGGUUUUGGGUAUUAUACUCAAGGUAAAAAGAAAAAAAAAUUUCAGAACUUUUUUAUCAAAGGAAAAAAAUGGAGCCACAAGAAGUGCCUUGCAACAUUGUUGAAGAAACUUCAGAGAACGGUAGUGAGUCAUUUGGAGAUGGGAAUGCUGAGUGAAGGUCUUGUUCAGAUUUUGAUACCUGCUGCUGCUUUGGUUGGGAUUGCUUUUGCUUUGCUUCAGUGGUAUUUGGUGUCAAAUGUUAAGGUUUCUGGUGAUUCUAGUAAUGGUUUUAGUGAGAAGCUGAUUGAAGAAGAAGAAGAUGGUAUUGAUAGCCUUGAGGUUGCUAUUAAGUGUGCUGAAAUCCAGAAUGCUAUUUCUGUUGGGGCAACCUCAUUCCUGUUUACUCAGUACAAGUACCUCAGUGUCUUCAUGGGAGUUUUUUCUGCCAUCAUAUUCGUCUUCCUUGGUUCAGUUAAGGGAUUCAGCACCAAAAGUGAACCUUGCACAUACAACGAAGGGAGUCUUUGUAAACCAGCUCUUGCUAACGCCGGCUUUAGCACCCUUGCUUUCUUGCUUGGUGCUCUUACUUCUGUCCUCUCAGGUUUCCUGGGCAUGAAGAUCGCAACCUAUGCCAAUGCCAGGACAACUCUAGAAGCAAGGAAGGGUGUAGGAAAGGCCUUUAUUACAGCUUUUCGCUCGGGCGCAGUGAUGGGUUUCCUUCUUGCUUCGAAUGGCCUUUUGGUGCUCUAUGUCUCCAUCAUCUUAUUCAAACUUUACUACGGAGAUGACUGGGAAGGACUUUAUGAAUCCAUUACUGGUUAUGGACUUGGAGGUUCAUCAAUGGCACUCUUUGGAAGAGUUGGAGGAGGUAUAUACACAAAAGCAGCUGAUGUAGGAGCUGACCUUGUCGGAAAAGUUGAACGAAACAUCCCUGAAGAUGAUCCAAGAAACCCAGCUGUUAUUGCCGAUAACGUGGGUGACAACGUAGGAGACAUUGCUGGGAUGGGGUCUGACAUAUUUGGAUCUUAUGCUGAGGCAUCCUGUGCUGCACUUUUUGUUGCAUCUAUAUCUUCCUUUGGUAUUAGCCAUGACUACGCAGCCAUGUCCUAUCCACUGAUCAUAAGCUCAGUUGGAAUUGUGGUUUGCCUGAUAACAUCACUUUUUGCUACUGAUCUCUUUGAGAUCAAGGAUGUUAGUGAAAUUGAGCCAUCGUUGAAGAGGCAACUCGUUGUCUCAACCAUUUUGAUGACUGCUGGAAUUGCCAUGGUCAGCUUUUUCGCUUUGCCAUCAGAAUUCACUCUCUUCAAUUCCGGAGCCGAGAAGGCUGUCAAGAACUGGCACCUCUUCUUCUGUGUUGCCAUUGGCUUGUGGGCUGGACUUGCGAUUGGAUAUACAACAGAGUAUUACACAAGCAAUGCUUACAGUCCAGUGCAGGAUGUAGCAGACUCUUGCAGGACAGGUGCUGCGACGAAUGUGAUUUUUGGGUUGGCUUUGGGAUAUAAAUCUGUCAUCAUUCCAAUAUUUGCCAUUGCCAUCGCUAUUUAUGUCAGCUUUAGCCUGGCUGCCAUGUAUGGAAUUGCUGUGGCUGCUUUGGGAAUGCUCAGUACUAUAGCGACCGGUCUUGCAAUUGAUGCUUAUGGGCCCAUAAGUGAUAAUGCUGGUGGAAUUGCAGAAAUGGCUGGUAUGAGCCAUAAGAUACGUGAAAGAACGGAUGCUCUAGAUGCUGCUGGCAACACCACCGCUGCAAUUGGCAAGGGUUUUGCCAUUGGAUCAGCUGCUCUUGUUUCACUUGCUUUGUUCGGCGCCUUCGUCAGCAGGGCUGGCAUCAAUUCUGUGGACGUCUUGACCCCUAAGGUCUUCAUUGGGCUGAUUGUUGGGGCUAUGCUUCCAUACUGGUUCUCUGCCAUGACAAUGAAGAGCGUGGGAAGUGCAGCACUCAAAAUGGUCGAAGAGGUUCGUCAACAAUUCAAUACUAUUCCAGGGCUCAUUGAAGGUACAGGCAAACCAGACUACGCGAAAUGUGUCAAAAUUUCAACUGAUGCCUCCCUCAGGGAGAUGAUCCCACCUGGUGCUUUGGUUAUGCUUACACCACUCGUCACUGGAACCUUAUUUGGAGUUGAAACUCUUGCGGGUGUUCUUGCUGGUGCACUUGUUUCUGGUGUUCAGGUUGCCAUUUCGGCUUCGAACACCGGAGGGGCAUGGGAUAAUGCCAAGAAGUACAUAGAGGCUGGUGUUUCGGAGCAUGCGAAAUUGCUAGGUCCAAAGGGUUCGGAUGCACAUAAAGCUGCUGUCAUUGGCGACACAAUUGGAGAUCCCCUCAAGGACACUUCAGGUCCAUCACUUAACAUCCUGAUAAAGCUUAUGGCAGUUGAGUCACUGGUGUUUGCUCCAUUCUUCGCUGCUCAUGGAGGUUUGCUCUUCAAGUUUCUCUAA